AUGACCAUGAGGGAACCCAUCCCGAAAAAGUCGCUGGUUAUCAAGACGGAUAAACCGCGCCCCAAUAUAUGUCCCGUUUGCAGCAGAGGGUUUGUCAGGCUGGAGCAUCUGAAGCGGCACCAACGGUCGCACACGAGGGAGAAACCGUACCUGUGUGUCUUCUGCGGGAGAUGCUUCGCCAGGAAGGACCUCGUGCUGCGGCACCAGGGGAAACUGCAUCCAGAGGUCCUAUCCGCACUCGGUCCCACAGCAGACAUCAAACCGGUCUCGCUGGAGGAGUUGUACGCUCCUGGGUUUGUCGCGGAGAGUAACGUGGUCAGAAUCAGCGGGAACAAAGAGACCUUGUUGGAGAUUCCGGCACUCACGCAGCCACUGCAACUGUUGCAAAGACAGCGCCGGUCGUCCUUUUCCGCAGCGAACGAGUCCUCGUACACAAAAUCCGUGAGCGUGGGUGACACCUCUCAGACCACAUCGUUCGCUCCAGUGUCUCAGCGCGAGUCACUCAGACCGACUCCGGAAAAUGUCGGCCAGUUGAACGUCCUAGAUUCAGCCGACCCAGUGGAGAGCCAACCUGCCUUUCUGGGGGGGCCAACACUCGUGCCAACGUCGUCGCACACGGUGCGGUCCAUGUCGCAACCAAUGGACGACGCAGUGCUACCGUCCAAAAAUAACGGACUCACGCAGAGCUACCUGUUCCUAUCGAACUUGCCCUCCCUGACUGACCUGCUCUCCCUAGAUAACAGCUCUGCAGCACACAACGCAACCAAUAACAGCGGGGAAAGCCUCUUUAUAAAGAAGGGAGCGCUCGGGCGUGCAAACCUCUCACCAUUUGAGUACAAAGUGAACAACUUGCCACCACCGCCAGCGUUCCCACCACCAGACGUCUUGACUACAAGGAAAACUCCUCUUUCGAUGUUCACAAACGUGAGAGACCUGAGGGACGAGGACCCACUCGACGACAAGUGGCUAAACAAGUUUCUAGACGAAAACUCGGUGGAUUUAGCAAACAAAAAACUGAACGAGAACUUCAACGAGAUCGGAUUCUACAUCUCCUCGUCAUCUUCAUCGUCCGUGUCGUCUGCACAGGGAUCGAAUCACUCCUCGAGUGCAUCGUCACCCAACGGUGAGCAGCUCGAAAUAAAACCAAAUCCAAGGUUACGGUACAAGCUAUCCCACGGGAUCUCAGACUAUUUUACGCAAAGACAAAUGCAUCUACACAAACAUUCCUCCAAGGGCCAAGACGGAGAUCUACCAGCGAUCGAUGAAACGGAGGGUGCAAGCUAUAAGACAGACGCAAAGAUCAAAGUGCCUUUGUCCCUACCCUGCAGCUACUUCACACAAGAGUUAAGAUCCUACAUCAUUGAAGAAAACAGGUUGAGUAGCAACGCUUUCCCAACAGUAGAUCAGUUAAACGAGUACGUUCACCUAUACAAAAUGUACUUCCACCGGUUCUUACCCUUCAUACAUUUCCCCUCGAUUCGAAUAAAUAACGAGAAUUAUCCGCUACUGCUCUCGUUUGCAAUGAUUGGGGCAUUGUACGGUUACCAUUCCUCUCACACGAAAAUAUUACUGACGGUGACCAAUAAUCAGGUCAAGAUGAAUCUGGAAAGGAUUGCACCCACAUUGAAUGCACCACUAUGGGUUAUCCAAACGAUGUUGCUGAUGACUUUUAUUGGAGUCUUCAACAACGAUUUGAAGAUCAUGAAAAACAUGAAUACCCACCUAAUGACCCUAAUCCAGCUGAUCUCUGUGAACAAAAUCAAUUUACCCCUUGAGUUCUCGGUGCAGCCGCCCUCGCCAAGCUCCCCUCCGGCAGAACAGUUUGAAUAUUUUACAUUGGCACAGGAACGGAUCAGAUUGUGCCAUUCUCUGCUGCUGAUAUCAAAUAUGUUCGCCUCUUUGGUUGGCUUCCAAUUGUUUUUCCAUUCGAUAGAUUUGAAAUGCGGUGUUCCAACAGUGCACGAGGAUCUAUUUCAAUGUAGCUCAUGGGAGUCUUGGUCUGACCUGUUGAGAGAGAAACGGAUUGUGCUGGAUUCCAAAUUCUCUUUGAUUCAGUUGUCCAACGGUGAUAUAACUUAUGAGUCCUGUCUCGUGUUCUUGACAGGUACAGAAAAUUCCGUUAAACAAAACGGCAAUUUCCUUACAGAGACGAGGCUACCACAGGUGAAACUCUCCAAGUUCACUUUACUCUCGCUGAUUACAUCAAUUCACGAAAAGAUCUACAUGGAGAGGAACAACAUCAUAGCCAAGAUUUCUGUGCAGACUCCAAUGCUCCCUAUAACGAGGGAACAACUGGAACGUGAUUGGUUUACAAAUAGCAGACCAAUCAUCAACACUAUGAUCAAAAAUUGGGAAAUACUGCAUUUCCGGAAUGGUGGGUUCGUCGAAAUCAACGAGCAAACCAUUCCGAUAAUUGAUGCAACACCAGCCAUCAGGUUGAUUCUACCGUUAUAUCUUUUCACCAAGAUCAAGAUGUCCGUAGACUUAACCUACGUGAUGAAUAGGAUAUGGAUGAAAGAUUGGGCAAUGAUGAAUAAAACAUUGGAUGAGGUCAGUUACAAUUGGGCCGCUCUUCAAGAUGCCACAUCAUCAUCUAUCCAUAUCGUUAACUCGUGGAUAUCCAUUGUUAACAUGGUGCAACCUUUGAAUGGGGAGGACGGCAAUUCGCAAAUAGGAGGAUACUGGACUCCGAUUACGACAAUAACCUGUAUGUUUGCAUCGAUUUCUGUUUUAGCGGAAUAUUUAAAGAAAUUGGAGGAUUGGGCAAUGGGGAGAGAUAUGCAACAGGGGAUUGUAAUCAACUCCCGGGAUAAAGAGCUAUAUUCCAUGGCGGCAAAAACAUUGAGACAAAUCCAGAAGGUGCUGCUACCGCAACAUGACUCGAUGAAGUCUUAUUUGGAAUUUCUUCAGUUGCAAACAUCGCAACAUAUAACGGCUUUGGAUGACGUUGAUAACGAACCUGAAUUACUGUAUGCCAUGUCUCCUGCAGCCACGAUCGAGCAAACCGCAGCGGCUAUCAGAAAGCUGAAGCUAUCUUCCAGAACGCUGUAUCUAGGGGUGCGCAUUCUAGGAGAUACACCUGUAUGGCCAAUUGCUAUGGUUUUUGCACAUGCACUUCAAAGCAGAGCGGUGUUUAAUGUUAGUGAGGGUCACAACGUAUAA